CGGUCCCGCGCGGUCGUGCGUGUGGUAUAAAUCACUAAGAGUAUUCCGUAAAAUGACUUGAAGUGUUAUCGAAAUUUGUACAGUGAUGUGACGUGAUUUUUCCGUGUUUUGUGACAUAAUGGAGUUGUCGUGAGUUCGUGACGUUUGGGAGGAAAUGUUAAAAAACUUUUAAAGUUGACUCUUGGACUAUUAUUGAAAUUUAAUUGGAGAAAACGUUACAGCUGACUGCUGAGAAAAUUAUACUGACGAAAGAGGGGCAGCUAAGAUAUCGAGCAACUCACAGAAGCAUUCGAAGCGAUCGGAAGUUCCACUAACUACCGGCGCUAAUGAAGCAAUCUGCCGCUCGGAGAUUGAAGUAGGAGGCCCUCGAAACGCCUCCGAACACAAUAAAACAGGAGAAAAGGAAUUCCGACCUUACCGCCCCAAACAAAAAGAACAAAAUCACUCGACGCCGAAUCCAAUGGCUCCGCUCGGAGUUGGAGAAAUCCAAGCGAUAUGUCAAUUAAUGCCUCUUUUAGAUUGUAAUGAACGGCGCCGCUGCAAACUUCAUGACGAGGUCGUUUAUCAGACUUGAUUCGCUCCACGAUCAGUGACAGAUCCGCCACCCGAUGAAUGGUCACCGCCGCGUAGCCCACACCCAAGCGAGGGACGCGUAUGGCGGCUCCAAAUAACUCCCACUGUCCACGAACUAGCUUUGUUACUUUACCUUCGUGCCUUCUUAUACUUAUAUCUUUAGUGCAAGCAGAAGCAGUUUCGAUCGACCCCGACUUCUCCGAUUACGUUUCCAACCCGAACUCAACCAACUGGACACUGUACGAAACGAAUUCCACCAGAAAUCUGCACAUAAAGCACUUGAAGUACUCGACACUAGCAACGGUUCUCCUGGCUACGGUGUUCCUGAUAGUUAUUAUUGGAACCAUAGUCGGUAAUGUGCUAGUGUGCGUCGCGGUGUGCCUGGUACGGAAGUUGAGGAGGCCUAGCAACUACUUGGUGGUGUCGUUGGCUGUCAGCGAUCUCUGCGUCGCGGUGAUAGUCAUGCCCGUCGCCAUGGUGUACGAUUUGCUGGGCACGUGGCCCUUUGGACCGGUGGUUUGCGACUUCUGGGUCUCCAGCGACGUGCUAUCCUGCGCAGCCAGUAUCCUCAACUUGUGCAUGAUAUCGGUGGACCGGUACUACGCUAUCACCAAGCCUUUGGAGUACGGAGUGAAGAGGACGCCGAAACGGAUGCUGUUCUGUGUAUUUAUCGUGUGGAUCGGGGCAGCGUUUAUAUCGCUGCCACCGGUGCUGAUAUUGGGCAAUGAAAAGACGGAAACUUCGUGUUCUGUAUCGCAGAACCAGGGGUAUCAGAUAUACGCAACCUUCGGCUCGUUUUAUCUCCCGCUCACAGUGAUGGUUGUGGUUUACUACAAAAUAUUCAGUGCUGCCAGAAAAAUAGUUCAGGACGAGAAAAGAGCUCAGUCUCAUCUGGAGACUCACUGCUACUUGGAAAUAAACGUUAAGAAUGGAGGAGCAGCUGAAGCGAAGCUGUUGGAUACGCAGCCUGCUAGACCUACUAGAGGCUCUACGGCCAGCACGAACACAGUUUGUAGCGUAGACAAAGCGGAGAGCUCGAUAGGACGGUGCUUCAGUGGCCAGAGAAAAUCUAAUGAAUCCCAGUGCCCGAUGCUAUCACAAAGAACGCCAACUAAACCGAUACACACCAUCAAUAGAGGUCCAUCCAACCCUAACCCAGAAGCGAAACCGCUAAAGGAGCGCAGACGACUUUCAUCCGAGAAUAGCAAUAAAUUAUCCACAAGUACUAGAAUAAGGUCGUCACUUUCACAUUUCGCUCAAAAAAGUCACUUUGCCAAGGACUUGCUGCAGCCCACUCAGUCGCAUCAGAAAAAGUUGAGAUUCCAACUCGCGAAAGAGAGGAAAGCGUCGACGACGCUAGGAAUAAUCAUGUCAGCAUUCGUGAUCUGCUGGCUUCCAUUCUUCGUGCUAGCUGUGGUGCGACCUUUCGUAGCUGAAGAUGCUAUCCCAGACGCAGUCAGCGCGCUAUUCCUCUGGCUCGGCUACAUAAACAGCUUGCUGAAUCCGAUAAUAUACGCGACGCUGAACCGGGAUUUCAGAAAGCCCUUCAAAGAGAUCCUCUUCUUCCGAUGUUCGAAUCUGAAUCACAUGAUGAGGGAGGAGUUCUAUCACAGCCAAUACGGCGACCCCGAGCAGCACUACUGCGGGAACCACUCGCCGAAGAUUUUGAACUACGAGGAGGGAAUAGAGAUAGUUUCGGCCAUGGACAGGGAGGAAACGCGGGCAUCGGAGAGCUUCCUAUGAUUGUCAAUGCCCGGGGUCAGUGGCCUGGAUACUGUGAUUUAAUUAAGACUAAAUCAAUAUUUAAUUAUAAAUUUAACGUUACCAAUCGAACUAGUCGUGAAGAUGUAUUGGACGAUGUAAAUAUUAAAGAUAAGAACGAAGAUUCGGACGAGACCAAAGAGUCUAUUUAUUGUAAUGAAUUUAUAGUAGUUUGUUGUGAAUUUUAUUCUAUAGAAUAUUUACUAACGUAAAUAGAAGUAUUUCAUAUAUGUGAUAGUAGAUUUAGAAUAAUUUAAUCUUUAACCACUUGGAAUAUGUCUUCAAAUGUUCAUGUAAAUAUGAUUAGAUAUUGUUUUCAUUGAUCGAGCAUCUAUCAACAAUAAAGUUGAGAAGGUAUGUAAAGAAUUAAGAAAUAAUAAACCAAGAAAAAAUAAUAGUGACCCGAAAAAAGAUGAUUGAAAACACAUUUAACUUCUUCUGUUUUUCCAGAAUAAUUUUAACCAUCCGUAAGACAUACUGCCAAGCAAGAGCAAGGUACAUAAGUGGUCAGAAAUAAUUUAUAUAUUUAUUGAGUGUGCAAUACAAUGUAACUUUGUAAAUUUUAUUUUGACCCAUAUGAACUUUUAUUAUGAUUUCAUAAUAUCUCUUUUUUCGAACUAUUUGGUAUUUUGAAAAUGUUACUAAAAUAAAUGGAUCAUAUAGGUCAAAAUAAAAUAAAUUAAUUUUAAUAAAACUUA